UUCAUUUCACAUGUGCAUAAAACUCUUACUAACCUAUCAUUUAGAGCAUCCACAUUAAUACAAUGGUAAAAGUAAUUGCAUUUGUACUCUUUAUUGCUAACUCAAUUUUUUUUCAAUCCACAUCAAAUCAAUUUCAUUCACCUACAUCAAUGCAAUUAACUUGUACUUGCAUAUGUAAUUAAAUAUCAUAUUCAAAUGAUACAAAAUAAUAUAAAAAAGAAAAUAAUAUAAAAUUAAAAAUCUCUAUUUUUGUAGGGCUUUUUGACUUGCAUAUGGAAUUGCAUUUGUUGCAAGCUUGUAAAUAUGCAAUUGGUAGUCACAUCAAUGCAAUUGGUGUUACAAUUGCAAACAGCCAUUACAUGUCAUCUUGCAAUUUAAAAUGCAAUACCAAUGUGGAUGUUCUUAGCGUCACAUGCACGAGUACAAUUCGAUUAAUGAAACCAGUGGAAGAUCCAUUUCUCGAUAACAAAAAUUUGGGCAUUUUCAAUUUAUCAUUGGUACAUUUUUUAUGUACUAGUAUCAUUUAGUAGCUCCUGGAGCUACCGCGGAUUGAGCUUGAUUGCUAUGAGGGCUCCCCCUAAGCAUUGCCAAAUUGGAAUAAUGAUAGAACUGCCAAAUUUAAUUGUCGAAAGCUAACCAACUUGAUAUCUAGCUAACAAAAAUGUGCUGUGAUUUGUCAAGAUAAUUGAUUCCUGAAACGGGAGGAACAACAAUAAUGGAAUGGCCCAUCCCUUCGAUACUUUCCCCCCGAUCUUGUCUGCCUAUCUUCUUCUGUGUCUUCACCAUUAUCUUGCUUUUUUAAUCUUUUGCCAUACAUUAUUGUCGGGUAAUUAAUCAAAAUGAUCACAAAAGUUUGACAUAAUAAUAAAUUAAUAAAUGUUCUAAAACUUUAGAAACCAGUAAUUUCGUGUGUUUCCAUUCAUAUUUCUAACCAAACUGUUUAGGUGGUAGGUUUAAGUGUUGGUAAUGUGUUUAAUCUUAGUAAUUUUUGCAGCGAGUCAGCAAUCAUCCUCUACAUUUUUUUUUGUUUUAUCCCAAAAUUAAGUGGACAGUUUGAAUGAGAAUAUAGAUGCAAAGUGAAGAAAUAACCGUUUGGAUUAUAAGGCAAUACUUAUAAGGGUGGUGCAACGGUUCGCUCCGGUUCAAAUUAAUGAGUACCGCAAUCCAUUAGCGAAAGAUAUCUUAGGACCAAGUACCGGACCAUCAUUGCAUUCCGUCCAUUUGGUCUGGUUUGUUCCGGUCCAAAUAUCAGCUCGGUCCAUCAUUUCUUUAGUAAUUGUAAAAUUUAUGUGAAUCAAGAACCAGACCGCAUUAUACUCGGUCCGGUGCGGUCCGAUCUCGGAUCAGUUCAAAUGAAUCUUUUUAGUAUGUUUUAAAUGUUUGUAACCACUUUAUUACCAGUUAAAACCUACUCCAGAAAGUCUAUCCCUGGAUCAACGUGCAUUCAAUUAAGAGCUGCUGCUGCUGUCUCCUUAUCUUCUAAGUCCCAAUUUUACUAUCCCCUGUCCUGUCCUUUAGUUAUUUACUCUGUAUUUGCCCCCACCACUCUGCCCCAAUUUCCUGCCUGCCCACCACAACUUUACGUUUCCAAAACGUUCACUCUCACAAUUAAUAGUCUCGUUCCCGAUUCCCCACUUCCCACCCUCUUCCUCUUCCUCUUCCUCUUCCUUCUCCUCUUUAUGCCCAGAGAAAAGCUCUGAAGUCUUUGAACCAGUUCCUUUUUCGCCCCUGUUUUCCCACCCAGAGAAACAAACACCCGCUGGAAGUAACAUGGAUCAGUCUCCGUUGCUGGAGAAGCUACAGCCGUCACACGAUGACGACGAAGUAGCACAUCAGACCAAUCCCAGCAGCAGAAGAGCGACAGGGCGGCGGAGGAAAAUGGAUAUCUUGCUCGACCAGCUCAAGAAGGUGACCCGAAUGGCCGCUCCCAUGGUCGUCGUCUCGGUAACCCAGUACCUCGUCCAGGUCGUCUCGCUCAUGAUGUCCGGACACCUCGGCGAGCUCUCCCUCUCCGGCGUCGCCAUCGCCACUUCCUUCACCAACGUCACCGGCUUCGCCCUCCUGUUCGGAUUGGCGGGAGCGCUGGAAACGCUGUGCGGGCAAGCGUACGGGGCGGAGCAGUACUGGAAAUGCGGGACCUACACUUACGCAUCCAUCAUCUCCCUCGUCCCGAUCUGCGUCCCCGUCUCGAUCCUCUGGUACUACAUCGACGACAUCCUCGUUUCGAUCGGGCAGGACCCGGAGAUCUCGCACGUCGCCGGGCAGUACGCCGUCUGCCUGAUCCCUGCUCUGUUCGGCGACGCGGUUCUGCAGCCGCUGAACAGGUACUUCCAGUCCCAAGGGCUGACGCUCCCCAUGUUGUUGAGCUCCGUGGCCGCGCUCUGCGGGCACGUGCCGGUCUGUUGGGCUCUGGUGUACAAGUUUGGGCUCGGGAAUGUUGGGGCCGCUCUGGCGAUUGGGCUGGCCUACUGGUUCAAUGCCGGGUUGCUGGUUGUGUACAUGAGGUGGGCUGGUUCGUGCGAGAAGACACGUGGGAUGUGUUGGGAUGAUUUGGGGGCGAGUGUGAUGCAGUUCUGGAGGUUCGCUGUCCCUUCUGCCGUCAUGGUCUGUUUGGAAUGGUGGACGUUUGAGCUGCUAGUCCUGCUGGCGGGAUUGCUACCCGAUGCAGCGCUUGAGACUUCAGUGCUUUCCAUUUGCCUUACAACUACAUCGCUUCACUACUAUGUGCAAUAUGGAAUUGGAGCGGCGGCCAGCACUGGGGUGUCGAACGAGCUGGGGGCAGGGAAUCCGGAGAAAGCCAAAGCAGUGAUCCAAUCCGCGGUGGGGAUUUCGAUUCUGGAGGCGGCAAUCGUCAGCACCACGCUCUUCUGCUGCCGCAGCUUCUUCGGCUACGUUUUCAGCAACGACAAGGCCGUGGUGGCGUACGUGGCCGACGUGGCUCCGCUGCUCUGUCUCUCCGUCGUCGUAGACAGCUUCCUUGCAGUACUCUCCGGAGUGGCGAGGGGGAGCGGGUGGCAGCACAUAGGAGCGUAUGUGAAUCUAGGGGCGUACUACGGCGUCGGGAUGCCGGUGGCGGUGCUGAUGUGCUUCGUCUUCCAUCUCGAAGGGAAAGGCCUGUGGGUUGGGAUACUGACUGCAUCCACUCUCCAAGCUGUUUUGCUUGCUUUCAUCACUGCCUUCACCAAUUGGGAUCGACAGGCAGAGAAAGCCAGAGAGAGGAUAUUUGAUGGGAAUAUAAUUUUGCCAGCAUAAUUGAGGCGUGACAGAAAAAAAAAAAGCAUAAAAGAGAGAUGCUCAGAAAUAAUAGUCUACACCUUUACCCAGGCAGCAUGAGGAUGAUUUGAUUUAUGGGAAAAUUGAUUGGAUUUUGAGUGAAAAUCACUCAGAGCAAUCAACUGGAACAUAAUCUGGUUCUAACAACUAGUUGGUUUCGAUAGCCAGUUGUUGAUAAAUUUAUUAGGACCGAUGGAUCGAAGAAGAUUCACAAUUUCACUCCACCACAGGGGAGGAUCUUGAUUCUCAAGUCGAUUGACAAAUAUGUACUUUGAUUAUUUCCGAAUUGAUUCGAUCAACGAGUAUAGCACCGUGCUCGACGUGUAUGGCAAUAUCAUGUAUGUUUUAUUCAAAAAAACAAAACAAAAAAAUUAUAGUUCUAGCCAGUUAGGCUUAAGGUUGUUGGGAUCAUUUAAUGGUUGCGCCUAAAACUUACUACACUAAAUUAGGACAAAUAUAACUAGUCUAGAACUAUAGUAUAUAGUGACUAUCAAUGUGGUAUUCCACGGGGUCUGUAGUAUGUACAUAUACUUCUACUAUGAGCUAUCUUACAAUCUAGCUAGUCGAUUUAAUGUUCGCUACUUCUAAUUAAACAAAAGCAAUCAAAGUAAGAAAAUAGGUUAGUUCAAAGAUUGGAAAAACACUCACCCCCUCACCUUAGGAUUGAGUAUUAUCCGAUAUGAUCCGCGCUAGGCAGAGUAACAUUCGAGCGAAAGUAGCAAUGGGGCGGACAUAUGUACUACUUUCAAUUGAACAUCUCCCAACAAAUUAAGUUAUUGUGCCAAUUAGUUCUUGACAUGGUAUUAGGAGUGUACAUGUGGGUUGGGUGAUUCAGCUCUAGUUGUUUUAGUCACCCGCGACCCAUACACUUCGAUUUUGAAAACACUAAAUCCAAACCCACCCAAGAAGUAAGAACCUUACGGUUUGUUUAUAAUUGGGUUGGGUCGGUGGACUAUACAUUUGAGUAAAAGUCCAUCUCAACACGAAAAUGCAAUUAUUUUUGCACCAUAAAAAGAUUAUAUAACCAAUUACAUUUCGAGUAAAUAAACAGAAUUGAAAAUCAUCAAGAAGUUGUUGUCCUUAACUCGUUGAAGUAGAGUUUUUUUCAAUCUAUGUCUAGUAUUUUUCAUUAACAUUUACUAAAAUAUUUUAAAGAGG